UCUUUGCCACAUCCGUUCAAGUUGCCACACAGUUGAGUUGCGGGAGAGCUCCGGUACAGACCUUCUACUACAGACCCUGGGAGCUCAGCAACAAUGUCUCCGCUCGUUAUCAGGUCCUUUUUGCUAGGACUUUUGCUUCCCGUGAUUUUAGGACUGACUAGAACUGAUUUUUACCCGUAUGGCGUGGAGUAUGGAGACACGGAGCUGCGCAAGGGCGACGAAGUGAGCAGCCACCCCAUCCCUCUCUUCUCCUCCGUCUACUUCUACGGAACACGUUACCAGUCUCUUUUUGUGAGCACGAAUGGUAUCAUCUCUUUUGGCAAAGCCGUGUCAGAAUACAUCACUGAGCGCUUCCCACUGGACGUGUCCGUCAUCUCUGUCUUCUCCACCGAUGUGGACACUGAAGCUGCAGGACAAGUUUUCUACCGAGAGACGACUGAUCAGCGACUGUUGGGCCAGGCAUCAACUGCUAUCCGGGAGUACUUCCCUGACCAGUCCUCCGGCUUCACAGCAAAUGCACUGUUCAUCGUUACCUGGGUGGAUGUUGGAUACUACCCCGAUGGAGAUGACAAGAGGAACACUUUCCAAGCUGUGAUUGCCACUGAUGGAGAGAGAGAAUCAUUUGUGUUCUUCCAUUACGAGGCGGACGGUAUCCAGUGGUGGAGAACCAUCCAACGCCCAGGCAGGCGGUCUGCUGGAGAACUGCCAGCCCAGGUUGGUUUCAAUGCAGGCGAUGGGGAGCGGUUCUAUUUGGUUCCUGCAUCCGGCACCGAUGCUGUGAAGAACGUCAAUGGCUGGUCCAACAUGAACACAGGAGGAGCCUGGCUCUUCCAGAUUGGAGCCUUUGCUGGAUUCCAAAACAUCAUCCCUGCCCAACCCAAGCUGGAGUCUCCCAUUGUGGACAGCGAUCGCUCGACAAGCUUCAACAGGAACAGGGAGCCCCUUGUGGAGGUGGCACCUGCACCGGUGGACAGGACUGGUCAGUUCAACAGAGACGAAACCCCCAGCAAUCAAGACCCAUUCCAAGUGACCUUUUUUAACCUGGAAGGCCAAGGUCAGUCUUCUGGCUGUGACUCCUGCCACCAGAACGCCCGCUGUUCCAGACAGGGUCCAAUCAGCUGCUGUCGCUGUCAGGAGGGUUACUAUGGCAACGGCAUCAACUGUCUUCCUGCAGGUGGUAGUGACAGCAAUAAUGUGGGAACCCCCCAAAGGGUGAAUGGCAAGGUGGAGGGAACUGUGCGUCUGUCAGGAAAAGAUGAGGUCGACCUCCGGGACAUUGACCUCCAUUCCUAUGUGGUGGUAAAUGACGGACGUGCCUACACGGCGAUGAGCAGGAUUGAGGAGAACGUUGGCUACGCCAUGCAGCCUCUGUCCACCAUUGGUGGCAUCAUCGGAUGGCUGUUUGGUCUCCCCCAGGCCAAUGCUGUCAACGGAUACACACUGACGGGUGGAGUGUUCAAGCGCACGGCUGUGGUGACCUUCCGCCCCGGCAACCAGGUGUUCCAGGUGGAGCAGGACUUCCAGGGCGUGGAUGACUUUGGUUACCUCACCAUGACGACCAAGCUGAGCGGAGAGCUGCCCCCCAUCGCUGCUGCUGACAAGGUCGUGGUUGGAGAAUACCAAGAGAUAUACCAGAAAACUGCUCCCGGUCUGAUCAAGUCUAUUGCCUCCCGUGGCUACACCGUUGGCAACCGCAUCUAUAACUACACCUGGGAUCAGACUAUUGAAUAUGAUGAGGCAGGCUGCAACCUGCCAGCCGAGGGUCUGGUCACUGAUUCUCUCCGUGUGGACGUGUCGCGCAACUUUGUGUUCUUCGACAACAAGGAGGAGAUUGUGAGAUACGCCAUGACCACCAAGGUGUCCCCCAUGGCAGGCCCUCCUGUUGCCCCUGUGCUGAACCCCUGUCAGACUGGUCAGCAUGACUGCCAUUCCCGUGCUCGCUGUGUGGCCCUGGAGGGGCAGCAGUACACCUGUGAGUGUGUGGGAGGCUACACCGGAGACGGGCGCAACUGUCAAGAUAUCGAUGAGUGCAAUAGUGGAACACCGCCUUGUGCUCCCAAUGCCAACUGUAUCAACGAGAUUGGAACUUUCCGGUGUGUUUGCCCUCCUGGCUAUGAAGGGGAUGGCUUCUCUUCCUGCACUCCACUUUCCCCCCAGCCGUCGCAAAACCCAUGCUACGAUGGAACCAAUGACUGUGACUCCAUUGAACGUGCUCGCUGUAUCCCGCUGGGUGCAGGCCGGUACAGGUGUGAGUGCAACCCAGGUUUCACUGGUGACGGCCGCACGUGUGUAGAGUUUAAGUUUGAGCACCCGUGUGUGGAGGGGUCUCAUGGUUGCGAUGAGGAGACCUCCCUGUGUGUUAAGAGGGCAGGUCUGAGGUACGAGUGUAAGUGCCUGCCAGGAUACAGACAGAAGGGCGACCGCUGUGUUAUAGACUACCCCAACCCCUGUAACAAGACCAGCUGUGGCAGACACGCAGUCUGCGUUGGACGGUACAACCCUGACAGCAGUGAAGCAUCGCUCAUCUGCAAGUGCAAGCCUGGGUUUGUUGAGCUGGCCGGCAAGUGCCGCCCCAAGCAGUCUGUCGUCUGGAAGGGUGUCAACAUGACAAAGAAAAACAAGAAUAAGACAAGGAGAUCAAAGAGAGAUGCGGGAAGAACAGACCCCCUGUUCUGCGACUGCGAUGUCAGUCCCCCCUCGCGGGUGAAACGACAGCUCCGCUACACAGAUUUGAUGAAGAUUGACUCCAUGAGCCCUGCCAGCCAGCUCCAGAAUCCCUGUCUGGGGAACAGGUGUGACAUGAACGCUGUUUGCAUCCCCAACCCUGUACCCAGCGACUGUCCCUGUAAGCAGGACUACACCUGCAUGUGUCAGCCUGGCUUCACUGGAACUGGCUACAACUGCAGAUCCACCCUCUGUCACAGUGGGGAGAGCAUGUGUGACAUCAACAGAGUUGUUCAGAUGACCAAGAGUGCUUCCCUUCCAGUCAACCCCUGUCACACAGGGGAUCACAUGUGCGACAUUAAUGCAUAUUGCAUAGCAGGAGUGGCCAAUGAGUACGAGUGCAGGUGCAUGCCAGGGUAUUCAGGAACUGGAUUCAGAUGUGACGCUGCCAGCCCCUGCACAAACCAUGACUGCCACCCUGCUGCUGACUGUGUAGAGAUAGACUCCUUCAACUUUAUGUGUCUCUGUGGCCCUGGAUAUGCUGGGGACGGACGCACAUGCGUGCUGUCUGUUGACAUGGGGACCUCAACUGACCCCUGUGAACAGAACAGGUGCGACCCCAAUGCCCAGUGCAUCCCGUACCAGGACAGGUACUCCUGCAGGUGCAACCAGGGUUUCCAAGGAAACGGUCUACAGUGUACACCCGAGUUGAUUCAGCCUUAUGAUGCCUGUGCACAGAAUACCUGUGAUGAAAAUGCUUACUGCAUAGCCAUUGGGUCUGCCUACACCUGCAAGUGCAAGCCUGGCUUCAUCGGCGAUGGGUUUGGCUGUUUUUCGGACAGAGGUACUUUGUCGAGUGAGACGAGACAGUCUGGUGUGUGCGGCUCAUCGAUCUGUGACGUGAAUGCUGUCUGUGUGGACCGCGGGCAGGGAGUCUACACCUGCGAGUGCAAAGCUGGUUACCGUGGAGAUGGCAGGACGUGCUCAGCCGCUAAUGCUUGUGAGCAGUCGAACCGGUGCCACGAGAGGGCCGAGUGCAUCCCGCUGGGAAACAGUUAUACCUGUCGCUGUCAGCUGGGGUACACCGGCGACGGUCUGACCUGCACCUCUCUAUCCAGAGACCCAUGCAUUCCGAACCCUUGUGGUGCAAAUGGUCGCUGCCUGCCGCAGGGCUCUUCAUACAGAUGUGAGUGUUCUCCUGGCUUUCAGCCAGGACCAGCUGGCACAUCCUGCUUACGACAAGCAGUCGACCCAUGUACUCCAAACCCCUGUGAUCCCACCAAUGGUCGGUGUGUGCCACAAGGCUCUACCUACCAGUGUGUGUGUAACCCUGGAUAUCAGCUAGGAGCAGACAGAAGAACAUGUACUCCUCGACAAGUAGUCAACCCAUGUAUCCCGAACCCCUGUGAUCCCACCAAUGGCCGGUGUGUGGCACAAGGCUCUACCUACCAGUGUGUGUGUAACCCUGGUUAUCAGCUAGGAGCAGACAGAAGAACAUGCACUCGACAAGUAGUCGACCCAUGUACUCCAAACCCCUGUGAUCCCACCAAUGGUCGGUGUGUGGUACAAGGCUCUACCUACCAGUGUGUGUGUAACCCUGGUUAUCAACUGUCUUCAGACAGAAGAACAUGCACUCGACAAGUAGUCAACCCAUGUAUCCCGAACCCCUGUGAUCCCACCAAUGGUCGGUGUGUGCCACAAGGCUCUACCUACCAGUGUGUGUGUAACCCUGGCUAUCAGCUAGGAGCAGACAGAAGAACAUGCACUCGACAAGUAGUCGACCCAUGUACUCCAAACCCCUGUGAUCCCACCAAUGGCCGGUGUGUGGUACAAGGCUCUACCUACCAGUGUGUGUGUAACCCUGGAUAUCAGCUAGCAUCUGACAGAAGGACAUGCACUCCUCGACAAGUAGUCAACCCAUGUAUCCCGAACCCCUGUGAUCCCACCAAUGGUCGGUGUGUGCCACAAGGUUCUACCUACCAGUGUUUGUGUAACCCUGGAUAUCAACUAGGAGCAGACAGAAGAACAUGCACUCGACAAGUAGUCAACCCAUGUAUCCCGAACCCCUGUGAUCCCACCAAUGGUCGGUGUGUGCCACAAGGCUCUACCUACCAGUGUGUGUGUAACGCUGGAUAUCAGCUAGGAGCAGACAGAAGAACAUGCACUCGUCAAGCGGUCAACCCAUGUAUCCCAAACCCCUGUGAUCCCACCAAUGGCCGGUGUGUGGCACAAGGCUCUACCUACCAGUGUGUGUGUAACCCUGGUUAUCAACUGUCUUCAGACAGAAGAACAUGCACUCGACAAGUAGUCAACCCAUGUAUCCCAAACCCCUGUGAUCCCACCAAUGGCCGGUGUGUGCCACAAGGCUCUACCUACCAGUGUGUGUGUAACGCUGGAUAUCAGCUGGGAGCAGACAGAAGAACAUGCACUCGACAAGUAGUCAACCCAUGUAUCCCGAACCCCUGUGAUUCCACCAAUGGUCGGUGUGUGCCACAAGGCUCUACCUACCAGUGUGUGUGUAACCCUGGAUAUCAGCUAGGAGCAGACAGAAGAACUUGCACUCGACAAGUAGUCGACCCAUGUACUCCAAACCCCUGUGAUCCCACCAAUGGCCGGUGUGUGGCACAAGGCUCUACCUACCAGUGUGUGUGUAACCCUGGAUAUCAGCUGGGAGCAGACAGAAGAACAUGCACUCGACAAGUCUUUAACCCAUGUAUUCCCAGCCCCUGUGAUCCCAUCAAUGGUCGAUGUGUGCCACAACAAGGCUUUCAAUACAGAUGUGAAUGUAACCCAGGUUUCCAGCUGUCUACAGACAGUAGAACAUGUGUUCCCCUGCCCCCACCAAAUCCCUGCUUACCCAGUCCAUGUGACCCGGUCCGUGGGCAGUGCAUUCCACAAGGAUUGACGUUCAGGUGCACUUGUAGUGCAGGGUUCCAGCUCAUGGGAGAUGGACGGACUUGUGCCCAGCUGCGGAGGGACCCCUGCCAACCCAACCCAUGUGACCCGACCAAUGCCCGAUGUAUCCCAGAAGGAGACAACUUCAGGUGUGAAUGUCGACCGGGAUUCCAGUUGGCACCAGAUGGAAGGACCUGUAACGCUGUUGUUAUCCCACCACCAUUUAAUCCUUGUGAGCCAAACCCCUGCGAUCCUUUCAAUGGCCUGUGUACCCCCGAGGGAAGAAACUUCAGGUGUAGCUGUAGGGCAGGGUUUCAGUUGAUGCCAGAUGGCAGGACAUGUACUCCAAUUGUUGCACCAGUAGCUAACCCUUGUAUGCCGAACCCUUGCGAUCCAAUCAAUGGACAGUGUAUCCCUGAGGGAAGAAACUUCAGGUGUACCUGUAGACCAGGGUUUCGGUUGUUGCCAGAUGGCAGGAAUUGUGCUCAAAUCAAUCCUUGUGAGAACAACAACUGUGACCCUGUUAAUGGCAAUUGCUUACCUGCCUAUUCCCCUGGAGGCGGCAUAUCCUUCACCUGCCGGUGUAACCCUGGUUUUCAGGGAGAUGGCAUAACAUGCUUACGUCAGGACCCAUGCCUAAAUAACGACUGUGAUGCUACCAAUGGCCAAUGUAUUUCACAAGGAAACACCUACACCUGCCAGUGUAACCCAGGCUUUCAAGGAGAUGGAAGGACUUGUUUACGACAGGACCCAUGUCUGAACAAUGACUGCUCGGAGAAUGGCAGAUGUAUCCCACAAGGCGAUACUUACACCUGCCAGUGCAACCCUGGGUUCCAGGGCGAUGGGAGGACAUGUACUGCAAUUGCUCCAGCAGACCCAUGCGAGAACAAUGACUGUGACCCCAAUGGCAGAUGUAUCCCACAAGGCACUAGUUACACCUGCGAAUGUAAGGAUGGUUUCCAGGGUGACGGGAGAACUUGUACCACCAUUGACUCUUGCAGGAUAAAUGAUUGUGACUUGGUCAACGGACACUGUGUCCCCCAGGGCCGCACAUACAUGUGUGAGUGUAACCCUGGGCACAGUGGCAAUGGAAGAAGCUGUACCCGGAUUGCUCCAGUAGACCCAUGUGCAAACAACGACUGUGACCCGAUCAAUGGGCAGUGUUUGCCACAGGGAACACCUUUCACCUGCAUCUGUAACUCUGGUUUUACGCUUCUAGCAGACGGCAAGACCUGCCUACGACAAAACCCAUGCCUUAACAAUGCUUGUGACCGUAAUGCUCGCUGUGUGGAGGAUGCCAGCAGCCCGAUUGGCUAUCAGUGUGUCUGCAACGCUGGGUUUCUGGGCAAUGGUUUCACCUGUAGAGUCAAUGACCCCUGCCAGAACAACCAGUGUGACCUCAACGCCAACUGUGUGCCGGCUGGAGAUUCCUACAGAUGUUCCUGCAAGCCAGGAUAUCAAGGCUCAGGAUUCUCAUGUUCAGAGGUGGACCCUUGUGAUACCAACAACUGUGACCAAAAUGCAAACUGCAUCCGAGAGGGCACGACCUUCAGGUGUGAGUGCAAGCCACCCUUCACAGGAGACGGAGUCACCUGCACAAUUCCAAAUAUGUGCAUAUUCCAACCUUGUGACAUUAAUGCUGACUGCAUCAGCCAGCCUGGGUCCUUCAGCUGCAGGUGUCGUCAGGGUUUCCAAGGCGAUGGAUACUACUGCAACCCAAUUCCCGAUCCCUGUUCCUAUCCUGACUGUAGCCCCAAUGCCAAGUGCAUCCCCAACAUGGCGACAGGAGAGCACACCUGCGAGUGUCUCCCCGGAUUCGUCGGCAAUGGCAUCUUCUGCACAGGCAUUAGCCCAGAACCUACCCUGGGACCUAACCCAGGACCUAAUCCUGGGCCUAACCCAGGGCCUGUGGACCCAGAUAAGGAGGUUCGUCAGUGUUUGACAAACGACUGCGAUGUGAAUGCUGACUGCAUUGCAGCUGGUUCUGGGGACGGAUACAGCUGUGUGUGUAAGCAGGGAUAUGUGGGAGAUGGGAGAACAUGCACAGAAUUGGAUCCCUGCAACCCAGAUCCAUGUGGUCCCAAUGCAUUCUGUUUGAAGCAUGGCACCCAGUGGAAGUGUCGCUGUAACAAGGGCUACCAGGGAGAGGGUGACCAGUGCUUUGUGAUUGAGGGUCCAGAUCCAUGUCGCACCAGUGACUGCCACCCCAACGCCAACUGCCUUCCUACCAGCUCCUCCUACAGGUGUGAGUGUCGACCUGGAUACAAGGGAGACGGCCGUCUCACCUGUAACCCUGCUGACCCGUGUGAUGACAACAAAUGUGACAGAAAUGCCAUGUGCAUCCCUGUCGGACCUCGGUCCUACAGGUGCGAGUGUAAGAAUGGAUACCAGGGCAACGGGUUCUCCUGUGGAGCUGCUGCUGCAGUGCGGGCUGGGGAGGAUCCGUGUGGCCACCUGGUCUGUGACGUGAACGCACGCUGUCUGUUCCAGGGGGGCAAGCCAGUCUGUCGCUGCAAUCAAGGAUAUGAGGGCAACGGAUUCUUCUGCAAAGCUGGAGUGCGAUAUGCACCUGCAGACUGGCUUGACCCUUGUGCCAGCAAUGAGCACGACUGUCACAAGGACUUGGGCAGGUGUGUGUACGAGGGCCAGGGCAGGUACAGGUGUGAAUGUACACCUGGCCAUGCUGGAGAUGGCAGGACCUGCAAUGCCAUAGCGGUUCUCUCCAGCCCCUGCGGAGAGGGGAGUCACAACUGUGACCAAAAUGCUGUGUGCAUUAAUGACGAUGCAGGCAGAUAUUCCUGCCGCUGCAGACCGGGGUUUGUUGGAAAUGGAUGGACCUGUUAUGGUAAGGAUCCCAUUGGUAGGUCUUGUCUAUGAACUUCUUACUGUUUCAUUUCACUUUCAGUGCUUGUUGGUUAUUCACUAUUCUGUACUUGACAAAAUCCAUGGCAUAGCACCAGCCAAUUUGAAACAGUUUGUCAAGUCGGAAAGUAUUUUUCAGGAAUAGACCCUUGAAAAUUCACAAGAAUUUGAUAAAAUGGAAACUGUUGUAUUCUGGUUGUGGUUGACAGGUUGCUGAAAUUGAGUGCUUUUCUUGUGCCAUGGACGCCAACUGUGGGUAGAUGAACCUUUGUGUGGGAUUGUAGUGUCAUGUCUGGAGGUCCAUGUUUGCUUGCCCAUCUGGUAGUGGAGAGAAUGGCUCUUCAUUUCUUAAAAACGAGACAAGUAAUUUCUUUGGAUGAAGGAAAUAUAUGGUUUCACAGAAUAAUAUGUCAAAGCUAACAUCAUGCCAUGGCAGCCAUGUUUUUUUAUUCGAAAUAUCAGCUUGAAAACUCACUAAGGAGUAAAGUUUCAGAUGGGCAGCAUCUGGAUUUCUCUGUGUUACUGGUAGUUAGCAGCUGUUUUGUAAUGGAGCUCUUCUCCAAUACUGCCAUGU